GGAGGAGGAGAGGGGGAGGAGGAGACGUGGCUGGCAAUUGGAAAGAGGAGCUAUCCAGAAAAAAAAUCCACCCAGCUACAGCCCUCGUAUAGAAAAUGGCCGGGUAAACGUGCCUCCAUCACAGCAGACGCAGUCUUUCUGGUGGGAGGCUGGGACGGGACUGGAUACCAACCGGCGACAUCACAUCACUCCGCCGAGGACCCAAAAACCCCACGGAUUGGCGGGUGAGCGGUACGACUUGCUGACAUCAUGCCGAAAGACGCGCCAGAUGUUCAACGGAGCAACUCCAUCAUCCCGUGCUUUAUCUUCGUGGAGCUCGUCAUCAUGGCCGGGGUGGUGAUGUUGGCGUACUACUUUGAGUUCACGGACACCUUCACCGUGCACGUGCAAGGCUUCUUCUGCUUCGCGCCCGAGCUCAGCAAGCCCUACCCGGGUCCCGAGGAGCGCAGCAAGAUCCCGCCCGUACUCAUCUACUCGCUGACUGCCGGCCUGCCUGUGCUGCUGAUCCUGGUGGGCGAGGUGACAAACCACUUUGUGGAUUACGUGAACAAAGACCACAGCACGCGGGAGAGGACCAUCCUGACUGGAGACUGCUGCUACAUCAACCCGCUGCUGCGCCGUCUCGUGCGAUUCACCGGCGUGUUCGCGUUCGGCUACUUCGCCACGGACAUCUUCGUCAACGUGGGCCAGGUGGUGACUGGGAGCCCCGUGCCGCACUUCCUCAGCGUCUGCCGGCCCAACUACACCGCGCUGGGCUGCGGCGCCGGCGCAGUUGCCGGCGGCGGUGGACCCGGUGCCGGCGGCGAUGCGGUUGCCAUGGCGGCGGUGGUGGCGGUUGGCGGCGGUAACGGCGGAGUCGGAGUCGCGACGGCGCGCUUCGUGGCGGGCGCCGAGGACGGAGCGUGCACGGGUGACGGGCCGCUGGUGCAGCAAGCGCGACGAUCGUUCCCGUCCAAGGACGCGGCGCUGGCAAUGUACGCCGCCCUCUACGUGACGAUGUACGUGACGAGCACGGUGCGGGCGAGGAGCACGCGGCUCGCCAAGCCCGUGCUGUGUCUGGCCGUGCUGUGCCUGGCCUGCGUCGCCGGGGUCAACCGCGUCACCGAGUUCCGCAACCACUGGGGAGACGUCCUGGCCGGGUUCACCGUGGGGCUUGGAAUCGCCUUCUUCCUGGGCUUUUGCGUCGUUCACAACUUCCGCCGGCAGUCCGUGCUGGCGGCAAAGCCACGGCACGAGGCGGCCUACGGCAUGUCGCUGCUCGCUCUGCCGCGUGUCGAGAGCCCCCUUGACACCCGCAACACCACCCAGAACCACGCUACUUCUAUCACAGAGGUGACGUAGGCGUGGGAAGCCGCAGGACGCCUGUACGCGUGGCCUGCCCAGGGCAUCAGUACCAAGGGCAGCUCCCUGCUGCCACACGUGCCCACACAGACACACGUGCACAGCAAUCUGCUCCACGGUUUCAUACAGGCGGACACGAAACACAAACAUACGCGCAUCCGUACACGCCAUACGUGCAAACCUGGUUGUAAAGGAUUAUGAUAGCGUCAAAGAUUUGUAUUCAACAACAGUGGAAAUAUUUGUUUUCUUGAUUUCCCAGGCUCUGUUUCUUUGUAUGAGUUGGUUCACACACGUCUUAGCUUUUUGGUUCAAUUUGUUGUGUUUUUUUUGUUGUUGUGAUCCACAAAAGCCAAUAUGUGUCUCACGAUGCUUUGAAAGAGGAUACGUGCGUUGGGAUGUUUCCUCAGUUCCUUUGUCAAUGGGUGUUGUGUGUGGGCGGAGAAGUUUAUGCCACUCGAAGGUCCACACAGAUGGGUUAUUUAAGAACCCAUCCCGCCAAUCCUUGGGGACAUCCUGUCGGGUCGGGGAGUUUCAAAGUCUGCGGGGUCCACACCAACCUUAGCCUCCGAGGUAACGUUUACACGAUAUGGCUAUACCAGGAUAUAUCGUACGAUCUAGGAAUCGUGAUAACCAUAGCGUCUGUUGUGCAAAAUAUUAUCACAUAGUGAUUACAGUUGGCCUUUUUUUUGUUGCUUUAUAUAUUUUAUUUCCUCACGAAAUAUUUGUGAAAUAACAAACAAUAAUUAAUGUUCCAAAUAAAUAGAUUUUACCCAUUUAAUGAGUGUUUUUUAAACAUCGUCUUGGAGUAUUUUACUUCAUAGCGGUUAUAGGAUGUGACAAUUUUUUUAAGUCUGUCUCAUUAACUAUUUCCUUCCUGUAUAACUGACAGCGUGUGUGUGUUAUAAGCGUUAUAGAGUGUAACGUUGAGAAAGACGUAUCAACUGUUGGUGUAGAGUGAACCUGCGAUUAAAGAACUUUUCAAGUUAAUCUUUAAUCAUACCGUAAGUAUAGGAAAGCACAAAAAACCCCAAUAACAAUUAUAAAUACAGUCACAAAGUUAGUGAAAACUGAUAUCGCGGGAGUCAUCAUAUCGUGAACAUUUAUGUCUUUCUGUAUUUUACCGUACACAAAUGUAGUGCAGCAGCCCGACUACAAAAUUCUGGAAUCCUGCCACGAGGUACGAAUAUUGAGGUGUGUUUUCUUUUCACCUAGUUAAUGUGUCAUCUUCUCACGGAAAAAACACUUAACCCUUUUCCGUUCCGAGCUAUCUGCAAGUUGCAGGGUGGAUCCCGGGAGCGUGCAAGCGGUUCAGCGCUUCGAGAUUCAAUUUAUUCAGAGAGACAUUGUACUCAACGCAGAGAACUGUAGCGACACGACUGCACUCUAUGAUAGAUGGCGUCAAACUGUGCCACAAGGCCCUCCCGGAAAGGGUUAACUGUGCCGUGAAAAUGCCAAAUUUUACGGGGAAAUUUCUGUCGGAGAGUAAAAUGAAAACCUUUUUUUGGUGUUUUAGUUCAAUGACAUUCAUUUAAAGCCUCACGAACGCAACUGCCAUCCUUACAACCAGGUUUGUUUUGAGUUUGUGCCAUUUACACAUUUCCAACGACAUUUGUACUUGAUCUUGAAUUAUCAUCAGCAGCGGGAGUGCUGGCGCCGAGCGAUUAACCUUAACCUUCUCGCAAAUUAAAUGUGAUAUUUGCGCAACCGAUGAGGAAAUCGUUGAAGCGGUAUAUUUUCUUUUCUGUCGGGGGGGGGGGGGGGUAGGGGAAUUCUAAAUUUAACGAUGAACCACUGGCCACCAUCGAGGUUUCAAACUUGAUGUGCAGGUUUCCCCGUGUUUUGUACGGUCGCUGUAGAUGCAUUUAAAGAAAGUGCACACACAGAACGAGACAGCACAAGACGACUGUCUGCCGAGUGGCGGGCACGGCACACACACACAAAGAGUGUUGUCCCAGGUCCGAUGGCAUAGGCGUGUAGGAGUGAAUUCGAGUAUAAAUUGGUUAGCUACGUGAAAUCACGAUAAUCUAACCUGCUUAAAAGUGAGGGAAACCUGCAUUACGCACAAAGUUUGCAAAAAUAGCUAUUGCGUACAUAUGUAAUAAUUCAUUGAAUUACUCCUUGCUUUUAAACACUGACCGUUGAUACGCUUAUGCCAAUUUGCUCGGGCCAGUAAUUCAAGAUCAAACGCCAAUUCUCCACCAUACGAAUAAAAACACAGCAUUCCUGUACAUGACAUUAUUACCCUGUGUUUUCAGUCAAUUGUCUACAAAAACUGAUUAUUCCAAACACACCCACCCCCCUCCCCUGUACAUACGAUGUAGCUGUUUUUUGUACUUUGUCUGGAUCUGUUUUGUAUCUUUUUUGUUAAAUACGGAAAUUCAUCUAUAGCAUUAGCACAACAUUAACUUUCAAACAAUUUAGCCAUUUUAACGCACAAUUAGAACCACAGUUAUUGGGGAAAAUGUCCUGAUUUUACAUGGGUUAAAAUAAACUAAAAGGUAUGUUGUAAUGUUUAGCAAAUGAAAAUCGUUAUCAUGAGAACGUUGAAUUUAAAUGCACAUUUUAGAAAUGUUUUAUGUUUACACUUGGAAAACGGAUUUUCUUAUUUACACUCUCACCAACCCACCGCUGUGUUUUCCCAAGUUUGACUGAUGUAUCCCCAUUCAAACACAAAUUGAGUUGUUGCACACCCCACGUGCGCUGCGAUUGGUCAACAUGUUCCAUGUGACAGAGGGGCAAUUCACGUGUUUGUCAGAGCAUCCCGGUGUAAAGUGAGACGAAUAGGUAGACACACUAACAGUAAAUCUCGAUUUUAAUUUGAACCAACCACGGUAUUUGUCUCUUCUGCAUGCAUGCUCGGGAUGAGUCUAGUAUUCCUUUUAUUACAUUCAAAUUUUAGGCCCAAUUUAAAUGUAUUCAAUUUAUAGCUUAACAUUUUUUAUGCAGUAAAUGUGAGAAUUCUAAUGUUUUUAAACAUUCAUCAUAGAGUGUUUAACGUACAUUGGUGGAACUAUACUUUGAUGCAAACACUUGUAUGUUUCAAUCGUUUAAUUUGAAACAUUACAUUGCGUGUCGUAGGAAUUUCCAUAGCGAUGGACUUUCCGGCAGAAAUGACGCCUAUGCCUUGCGACGUCAAAUGUUCUGAUGAGUACAAAACGAGAUGUGUAAUCCAAUUUUUUUUUUGGAUUCAUAAAAUCGGGAACAUAUCCCAAGUGCGCUCAUUACUUCCACAAACAAAGGGGUCUACGUUGUAAUUGGGUCUCUGUGUCAUAAAGGACAUGCUCACCCAAUUAUUAGGCACUGGCAAUGUUUAGAAAUUCCAUUUGCAUUUCGAUUUAAAGCUUUCGUGACUGCAGGGAUUCAUAUUCUUGGUUCUUUCGGUAAAGGUACGUAGAAGGGAAAUAAUAAAGUAAUAAAAAUAAAACAAUAAAAUUCUCACGACGUUUCGAUUGCAACACAAGCAAUCAUCAUCAGGUCUGAAAACCACACCAAGUACAUUUUUUAUUUUAUUUUAUUAUAAAAAAACGCCAAUUUUUUUUAAAUUUUCUUGCUGUGGUUUUCACACCUGAUGACGAUUGCUUGUGUUGCAAUCGAAACAUCGUGAUAAUUUAGUUUUAUUUUUAUUAUUUAAUUAUUUCCCUUCUACGUGACUUUACCGAAAGAACCAAGAACAUGAAUCCAUUUGCAUUAUAAACUAUUCACCUACGGCAAAGCCACGGGAAAGGUGAUUCGAGCCGAGGGAUGUUAAUGUACUGGGGGGGGGGAAUGCAAAGAGAGAAGCGAAUGAAUGAGCGACGAGGGAGGAAAAGAAUGGAAAGGGAAGAGUGAAACGGGGCCGCGAAUGCAUCAGGGAAAGAUGAGGAUUGGGAGGAAGGGGGCUGCACGAGGAGCGGCGUCUGUUUCCACAGGGGACCAGCGACGGAGAGAGGGGGGAAGGGUUCAGAGUCGGUGUGGUCACACAGGGGUCACGUGAUUUACCGGAGGCUUGAGCUGGUUUACAGAUAUAUUUGGAUGAGAUGAAUUGGUACACUUUAAGAGAUGCACCGUCGUGGGUGGUUGAGGGGAGAAGUUCAGAAAGGCCUUGCCUUUGGAACAUAAAUGUAACUACUUGCGCAGCAUAAAAUGUGCGGUCUCUUAGGUCUGCACUGUUGAAGCGUCGGUUCACAGAUUUGAAGCUUUCGUGACUGCAAGGAUUCAUACUCUUAGGUUUUUUUCGGUAAAGUCACGUAGGUAAAAAAUAAUAAUAAAAUAAAAUAAUAAUAAAUGAAAAUAACUCAAGCUGUGAUGGUCCCACCUGAAGACGGAGACUUGUGUUGCCUCCGAAACGUCGUGAUUUAAUUGAGUUAUUUUCAUGUAUUAUUAUUUUAUUUUUAUUUUUUACCUACGUGACUUUACCGAAAAAACCUAGAAGUAUGUCGGUUCACAGUACGUGUAGCCCUGCCGUCAGCAACCUUCUCCACGAAAUGUCGACGUGGCUGAUGAAGGAGAUGAGAAAAUGUUUUGUAAGAGAAUGUGUAACUUUUGAAGCCGCUUAAUUGAUUUUGUCUCCGAUGCGCAACCGUAAUGAACCGGUGUGCAUCACAGAGCUCUACUCGAUGCUGCCACAGCGAUGUAAUGGCCAGCGCAUCGGACUUGCAAUUUAGAGGUCAUCGCAAAAAUGGUGCACGUAUUUCAUCUUAACCCUUUUUUCGUUCCGAGACGUCUGCAAGUUACAGGGUGGGUUGUCCCAUUCACCGCUGAAUCUCGGGACGCGCAAGGGGUUAGCAUUCAUUUGUCUAGAAAGGCGUAGCGCCGCAGAGAACUGUAGCAACAUGACCGCACUCUAUGAUAGCUGGUACCAGAACUGUGCCACACGCCCUCCUGCAUGCUCUUUUACUUCCGAGUCCAUUCCGAUGACGUACGCGAAAGAUGAUGACGUAAACGUACGUCAUCGGAAUGGGAAACGGGAAUGCAGCCCCCCUCCCCCACUGUUCACCAAGAACCAUCGAUGGGUACACCACACUCAGUUGAUUGGUAGAUCAUGCGUGGUGGGGUAAAGUGUGCAGUACUGCCUCCGCUUCUGAAGAUAUUUGGCCAGCGUGAAAGAGUAGGCCGAACUUACCCUCUCGAGCGCCCUCGAGUGGAGAUGCUUCUGCCUGCAAUGGAGAUGGCAAGCAAGUGAAGGACUGCGCCUUUACGUUUUAACAGACUGAGCGAACCAUUAAUUGUUAUACUAGUUAAACUCCUCCAGCACCUGCUGUCUGAGUUAAAGCAACGUGUGAUUAUUCAUUUCUGGUGACAUAGAAGGUGACUUAAUAAUUAUACACGAGCCCAAUAUUAAACGUGACAACCUCCUAAUCUGUGAAUUGUUUUCCUGCAACCAACACAGUUGAAUUCCCCUAAUUGAAAAAAAAUAUGGAUUGUAAAUGUUUUCACCUUGAGAUAAAAUGUUGUGUUUUUAUAUGAGAAGUUUUUUUAAUGUCCAUGCUGAUACAAAGCCUUAUGCUAAACUGCUUAAAUGCAUUUCUGGAAGUUGGUUUACAAAUUCAGAUUGACGUUUAGACUUUGCAGUGGAUGUAAAUGCAGUUAAUAUGACAGUCGUUACAAAUAUUUCUUGUGCCCUGGUGUUUCCGGAAUUACCAUAACACAGAAAACAAGUCAGUGAAUAUUAUGCCUAAUUUGUAACUGUGAACAUUUUUGUUGGCUUAUCAAUCAUUUAACUUAAUAACGAGUGAACGUUGUUUUCGUAGUAAACUUAGUGGUUUCAUUAUCGGUGGGUUAUCUUCUAAAGAGUUGUGAAAAAAAUAAAAAAAAUAGGAUGAACUGCUUAAAAUUAUAAAUUUAAUGUAUUAUUUCAUUUUCAUUUCAAGUUAUUCUUAAGAAUAUAAAAUUUAGACUUAAAACUUUCGUGACUGCAGGAAUUCAUACUCUUUGGGUAUUUCGGUAAAGUCACGUAGAUAGAAAAAUAAUAAGACAAAUCACAACAUUUCGAUCGCAACACAAGCAAUCUCUCACCUGAAGACGAUUGCCUGUGUUGCGAUCGAAACGUCGUGAUUUUUCUUAUUAUUUUUCUAUCGACGUGACUUUACCGAAAUACCCAACUAGUAAAUGUAAAAUUUGACAUUAGGGACCGUUUGUUUUUUUACAUUAUUUUAAUUAGUAAUUUUCCUAUCUGUUUUAAAGUUCACUAUUAUUCGUAUGUAUCUGAUCCACACAAAACAAAUGUUUGUACCUAUUGCUUGUUUAUCAUGCACAAUCACUGUGAUGUUAACAUUACUUUUGGAAUAAAAAAAAACACAACCUCUUUGUAUGAAAGUUAUCACCCGCACCUUUAAAAAAAAAUGUUCAACGCGUGCAAAGAUGGAAAAGCAUUGUGGGAAUAUCAGCCUCUGAUCAAUCUACCGCUUGCCCUUCCCCAAGCUGCUCUGCUGCCGUCUCUCGCGAACCUGCGAUAUAAUAAUAAUCAUCAACUCCGUAUCUCAACUUCAGAAAAUAGAAAAUAGUUUCGUCUGCCCACCGAUUGGCCUUCCAGAAGUGUGACAACAAGGUGCAUUCGCCUUAGCAGUGCAGACAAAAUAUGUUUUCCGCUUACAGACCAAUAACGUGUAUAUAUUACUGGUAGGAACCUCCUGGUUCCACCAGCCCACAGGUGAUUAUUGUGUCCGUCCUUCGUGC